UGCUAUCCAUAAAUAUCACAAACAAUCCCUGUUGCUUUGUUUCAUCUUGUUUAUAUAGACUAUAUAUAGUAUAAUUUUCAUAUUUAUAUAUUUCCAAACAUGAAAUUUUACAUGGAUUAUUGUUUAAUACUUUUGUUUCUUUCAUGCCUUUGCGCUGCUAAGAAGAAACAAAAACUUGAAAUCAUAUCUGUGUCAAAACCUGUCGAUUGUUCAAAAACAGCAGAAAACGGAGAUUCAGUUGCUGUGCAUUAUACUGGUAAGCUGGAAAAUGGCCAGAUAUUUGAUUCAUCAAUUGUAGCCAAGCGAGAGCCAAUAAAGUUUGAGCUAGGUCUGGGUAAGGUCAUAAAAGGUUGGGAGACAGGAAUUCAAGGGAUGUGUGUAGGGGAGAAACGCAAGCUUAUUAUUCCACCAGAUCUUGCAUAUGGAUCCAAUGGAGUUCAAGGCGCCAUUCCACCUGAUGCAACCUUGGUAUUUGAAACAGAGUUAGUUGGCUUAGACAAAUUAUCUGCUUUCAAUGCAAACAACAUUUGGAAAUUUAUAAACUUUGCUAUUUGGCCAGCAAUUAUCUUAGGUGUUCUAGUGAUGCUUUACAAAAGGAUGACUGCUGCUGAGGAGAAGAUUAAAUCUGAAAAAUAUGAAAAGAAACACAGAAAGAGGAAACAUUAAAAAUAAAACAAUUUUACAACCCUGUAAAUGAUCAUACUUUCAAUAACAAAAUACUGAUAGAUCGCAAUUUUUAUCACCAAAAUUUGCUUACUUUGUUGGUUUUUUGUUUCUUUAUAAAGUUUACGGUGGCAUUCUUGAGCUGCUCUAUUUGGCUCUAUUCAUAAUACUCUGAGAUUUUUCUUUUAAUUUAUAUUACUAAGGUGGGACAAAUGUUGAAAUUUCCUAUUUGGAUAAAGGUGGACAUUAUUACACGACAACAU